GCUGCCUCUUGCUCUUCUCUCCUCUGAGCCUCCUCAGCUUCCAAAACUCUGCAGAUCUCAUCGAACACAAAGCCAAGAGCAAGCAAGCAAGCAUGCCGAAGCUUCUUGCAACAGCAAUGCUCCCUAUGCUCUCGUUGAUCGUGCUGUGCGCGUGCACGCGCGCGAGCGGCGCCGACGACUACACGGCGUUCGUGUACGCCGGGUGCUCGCAGGCGCGCUACGACCCCGGGUCGCAGUACGCGGCGGACGUGGACACCGCGCUGUCCUCGCUCGUAAACAGCGCGGGCUAUACCACCUACGCCAACUACACCUCGCCGUCGGCCGCCUCGGGCCUGGACGGCGUGUACCAGUGCCGCUCCGACCUUCCCACCGCCGUCUGCGGCGGCUGCGUGAAGUCGGCCGUCUCCAAGCUCUCCUCGCUCUGCAACUCGGCGGCGGGGGCCGCGGUGCAGCUGCGCGCGUGCUUCGUGCGGUACGGGAACGACUCGUUCCUGGGGAAGCAGGACACGACAGUGCUGUUCAAGAAGUGCGGCGGCGAGAGCGGCGCGGGCUCCGGCGUCGUGGCCAUGCGCGACGCGGCGCUCGGCGCCCUCGUGGCCGCCGCCGCGCCCGCUGACGAGGGCUCGUACCGCGCCGGCGCGGCCGGGUACGUGCAGGCCAUGUCGCAGUGCGUCGGGGACCUCGGCGCCAAGGCGUGCUCCGACUGCGUCUCCGCCGCGGCCUCGCAGCUGAAGGCCGGCUGCGGGUACGCCUCCGCCGGGGAGGUGUACCUCGGCAAGUGCUACGCGCGCUUCUGGUCCAAUGCCGCAGGCGGCAGCGGCAGCGGAGUGCCAGUCGGAGGUGGCGCCGGGACCGGCGGUGGCAAUGGCAUCAGUGGCGGCGGUGUGGGAGGAGCGGGCAAUGGAUACGCGUACGGAUUCGUGCCGAAUACGUACGGCAACCAUGAUGAAUCUGGAAAAACCCUUGCCAUCAUCAUCGGCCUAGUGGCGGCGGUCGCCAUUGUUAUCGUCUUCCUCACCUUCGUCCGAAAGGCCCGUGGUGACGGCGGUAAAAGCUAAGAGCAUGCAAGAUGGUCAUCACUUGGCUCAGAUUGGAUCGUCGGUGGCUUUUGCUCGAGCACUGCUUUAGUCCAUCUCCCUCUCCCUUGCUCCUCUUUUUAUCUUUUAUAGAGCCUCUUUUGUCCUGUCAUUAUCGACCAAAACAAAGGGAAGCCAUGCUGAAAUGACAUAAGCUGAAAGGUAUCCGCUGUGCAGAAAUGUGAAGUGAAGAUUCCAGCCUCUACCAACUACUAGGUAGCCACUGAGUUUACCCCAAAAUAAGAAGAGUGUGGUCUCUGCUCGUUUAAUAUACUCAUUCUAUAUAAUGUAUUUGUUUAUGGAACCCAUGCAUGCAUGCAUGAUUCAUGUCCUA